GCGUUUAUUCUGUGGGCAAUCAUUUUGGUGUUGGAAAGGAAUCAGGCAAGAAAAACUUCAAUUUGUAAAUGAUUCAAAUGAAUUACUUAUUAAUUCAAGUUUUAUCCAUACGGAUAUAUACAUUAUUGCAGAAGAAAAUGAAAAUCAAUUUGCCUUAAAAUACACAGACGAAUCUGCUGAGACUGAGAGCAACCCUAUGAAAAAUACCAAUCCGGUGAAUACCGAUUCUGAAGAUAUUUCAGCAGAUAUGGAAUCAAUCUCAGUAGAAGAUAAUCAUGAUGUAAAUUCUGAUAUUGAUACAGAGCCUUUAGACAAUC